AUGGAUAUUAAUUUCUUACAAGAAGGAAUAGACAGUUUAAUGUAUAUUGGCAUAAAAUUGAGUCCGGAGCUAAAGCUGUUGAUUGAAAAUUCUCUAAUAACACUGCAGACCGAAAACCGUUUCGCGGGAGUUUACUUUUGGGGCAGGGUCAAUGGUAUUGAAAAAGAUUACUAUAUCGCAUUUGGAUACCUGAGCGACUGUCUGAAAGAUAGGAAAUAUUUUUUUAGCACUGAUGGUUACCAAUGGUUAAUGCUUCCAUUUGUACAGAAUGCAAAAAUAUUCCAAGCUACAAUUGUAUGUCCCGAGCCAUUUUAUGGCGAUCCAAGUUUGAUAAGAUGUGUAAAAUUGGAUCCAUCAUUUGAAUGCGAUACUAAUCAGGUAAUAUCCGCAACUUUGCCAGAAGAAAUUAAGCUGAAGGAAGAGGAACGCUUAGCGGCUAUUGUCUUUAUAAUAACUGAGGAAUGUGCCAUUUGUCCUCGUGGGGCUUUAUAUAAAUUAACCGAUGGACGUAUUGUCCAGAAUCAAAUGUUUCGUGGAUUAAAUGAAUUACAAUGUGAAGACUUGUCCUACUAUCAACUUUUUCGUUUACCACGCAAUAAUCUUAGAGAAAACUUAUCUAAGCGCAGUGAUUACAACUAUCCUAUCGAUUUUUUAGAUUCUAUUGAUAAUGUCAUUCCAAAUGGACAGUCAUUUUCUAUUAACCUUCAACGAAAUGAACGUCUUGUGGUCAUUAAAUCUUGCUUGUGGCUUGGAAUGACUUUCUUUCAUAAAAUCCACUCACGCAAAUACGGAUUUCUGUAUAUUGGCGACGGCAAGAAAAAUUAUGAUUUACUUUUUAUGGCUUGAA